GCCCUUCCCGGCUGUUGGGUCUUAUGGGACCCGGACGCAGACCCGACCGAACAAAUGGUGGCUGCCCCGCCGCUAUGGCAGCGGUGCUUCUCCCUCCUCCAGCGCUGCUCCGACGAGCGGCAACUCCGCGCCGCCCACGCCUUCCUCCUCACCCACGGUCUCCUCCGCCACCCCUCCGCCCUCGGCCGCCUCGUCCUCGCCUCCUGCUCCCUCCGCCCCCCCGCCCUCUCCCACGCCACCCUCCUCCUCCGCCACCCUCCCGCCCCUCUCAACGCCUUCGCCUACAACGCCCUCAUCCGCGCGCACGCCCGCGGUCCCGACCCCACCCACGCCCUCGCCUUCUUCCGCCUCCUCCUCCGCUCCCCCUCUGCCUCGCCCGACCACCACUCCUACCCCUUCGCCCUCGCAGCCUGCGCCGCCAUCCCUUCCAUUCCCGCCGGCGCCCAAAUCCACGCCAUGGUCUAUAAGACCGGGCUCGCCUCCACUGACCACUACGUCCAGACCGCCCUUCUGCGUCUUUACGCCGGCCUGCCCUACGAAGCCCGGAAGCUGUUCGACGAAACCCCUCAGAGAGACCCCGUCCACUGGGACGUCCUCAUGAACGCGUACAUCCGCUGUGGCCUCCCUUCUGAUGCGGUGCGCCUCUUCCAGGACAUGCUUCUGGCUGGGAUCGAGCCCGACGAGUUCACCGUCACCACGGCUCUCACUGCUUGUGCUCAUUCCGGUGCUUACAGGGAGGGGGUUUGGAUUCACAAGUUCAUUGAGAAGAAGGACCCAUCUUUCUUGAAUGACACCUUUAUUGCAUCUGCUCUUGUGAGCAUGUAUGCCAAGUGCGGUUGCAUCAAGGAGGCUGUUAAGGUGUUCGACGCUGUGCCGGAGAAGAACCGUCACAUGUGGGCGACGAUGGUUGGUGGGUUCGCAGUGCAUGGGUUAGUUAAGGAGGCGAUCUGCUGCUUGGACCGGAUGCAGGAGGACGGCCUGCACCCAGAUGGCAUCGUGCUUCUUGGUGCCCUCACAGCCUGUGCCCAUGCCGGGCUCGUGGACGAUGGCCUGCGACUGCUGGCUGAAAUGGAGACAUGCUAUGGUGUUAAGCCCGAGCAUGAGCACUAUAGCUGUGCUGUUGACAUGCUGUGCAGGGUAGGCCGGUUAAAUGAUGCUUUGGGACUCAUUCAUGGGAUGCCAAUGAGGCCGUUGGCUUCCGUGUGGGGAUCAUUGCUCACAGGUUGCAGGACUUAUGGAAAUGUCGAGCUUGCAGAGCUAGCAGUUGCAGAGCUCCAGAGGAUCGCAGAUGGUAAUGGAGAUGAUGAGGGUGUGUAUGUCCAGUUGUCGAACAUUUAUCUCAGUGCCAACAGGAGGGAGGAUGCACGCAGAGUGCGAAAGCUGAUAGGCAGUCGGGGAAUUAAGAAAUCUCCUGCUUAUAGUGUAAUCGAGGUGAAUGGUGAAGUUAGCUCAUUUGUUGCAGGAGAUCAAGUGCAUCCACUGCGGCUAGAGAUUUGGAGGAUGUUGGAAAUCUUGAUGGAUCACAUGAGCCACCACUCCAUGCUGGAGUUGGGGCAAGAAGAGAUUUCAUUGCUGCCAGUCACUGAAAGUGAAUGUUAAGUCCUUUUCUGCUCAGAUGGAGCACUUCCACUUAUAUGGCAUGCUAGAAUGACUGAUUUGGUUGAUUGUCUUAUGAAUAAAUUUGGGGAGGCUAGAGUUUCAUCCCCCCUUAGUACAGCAGAACAGCAUCAGCUUGUAAACGAUGCUGUGUUCCUCUUGAAGACAAACUCUGCAGCAAAUUUUAUGCGUCAGGUAGGAGUGGAGAAAGUAUCCAUGCUUGAUCUGAAAUUAAAUGAUCUUGGUUUUUUUGUUCUAAAAAGAAGAGGCAACAGAUCCAAGUUAUCCUACAUUUAGGGUUAUGCCAUCACAAGAAUCCUGUUAAUCUUGGUACCAGAUGAACAUUGCGGGGGAUUUCUCAGAGAAUCAUCUUGAUGGUGCUGAUGGACCAUUCAGUCUGUCAUGCAUAAAGAUUUUGGUAGGAAAACUCACCAAGAAACAAUGUAGCUACUUCAGCACUGUGGGUUGUAGAACGAGUUACUAGAAUUUAUCCCUGAAAACUUGAGGUACUUUAAGUUGCUUCCCAGUCUCAAAUCAAACUGAAUGUCUUAGCAGAAGAGAGUUCUUGCUGCUAAUGAAGGAACUGGAAAGACCAGGGCUCUGCCAAUUGAUAGUCAUGCACAUGAAUAUGUCAGCAGAAGAGUCAACUAAGUUCUUUACUACUAAUCAAGGAAUCAGGAAACAAUCAGUGCUCUGCCACUUGGUAGUCAUGCAUAUCAAUAUGUCAGCAGAAGUACGAAUCCUGAGCCAAUCUGUGCUCUGCCGUUUGGUGGCAAUGCGUAUAAGUAUGCCAUCCGAAAUGUCAGUUAAAUUCUUUGCUGUUAAUCAGGGAAUCAUGGAAAAAUAAUCAGUGCUGUGCCAAUUGACGGCAACGCACAUCAAUGAGUUGUUUUUGUUCAUUUCUAUGUCUAUUGGUGGAGCUCUUGCUUCUCCUUUUAUCAUUUAAGGACUUAAAUAGAACAAAAAAGAAUUUCAUCAUUUAUUCUUAUGGUAUAUUCUCUUCUGUGAGGAACUACAUCCAGAUCGAGGUCUUGCAAGUUAUCUGCAUUAUAUAUGUUCCUCAUUACUUCGACACUCAGACAUUUUUACCUAAGA